GGAAGAACUGGAAGAAGUUUUGGAGGAAGAGAGAAAUCCUGAAAAAAGGAUAUGGUGUCGAGAAUGGCUUACACGCAGAGAAAGUCAAGGAGCUUCCACCAAUUUAAUAAGGGAGCUGAGAUUUGAAGAUCCUAAAGAAUACAGAAUGAUGCUCAGAAUGACUACUGAAAAAAUUGACUAUUUGUUAGGCUUAAUAACUCCAUUAAUCCAACGAGAGGACACUAUUAUGAGAGACGCUAUCAAACCAGAAACAAUGUUGGAAGUAACCUUGAAUUAAAUAGCAACAGGUAAUAAUUACAGAACCCUUUCUCAUCUCUUCCGAGUUUCUAAAUCAGCGAUAUCUAUCAUGAUUCCCAUCGUUUGUGAAACUGUGUAUGACUGCUUAAAGGAUUUCGUAAAGGUUCUUGAUACACAUGAUGCAUGGAAAAAAGUUGCGAAAGGGUUUGAAGCAAGAUGGAAUAUUCCUUUCUGUUGUGGUGCCAUUGAUGGCAAACAUGUCUUGAUCGAGGCUCCGCCACAUACUGGAAGUGAAUACUUCAACUAUAAAGGCUCCUUCAGCGUGGUACUAAUGGCAAUUGUAGGUCACAAUUACUGUUUUUCCUAUUUUGAAGAAGGGACAAAGAGGUCUAACUCAGAUGGUGGUAUGUUUCAAAACAACGAAUUUUCAGAAGCUCUAGAAGAAGGAUUACUACCCGAUGGUUGCUUUUUUGUUGGUGAUGAUGCUUUUACACUAAAACCCUAG